AUGGUGGGAGUCCCAGAAGAGAUCCUAGAUUGGAUGAGACGGAGAUACUCUGGACGGAAAACACAACUAUCCUUCGACGACUACAUCUCACAACCAUUCGCUGUCCCCGGGGGCAAAGACCAAGGAGAUCCAUUCGCGGCAGUUGGUUACACCCUCUAUGCCGCAGGAUUGCUAACAACAUUCAAAACACUUAACAAAGAAGAGGGAUUUGGAUUUAUGGACGACGUUGCUGCCAUGAAAUGGGGUAGAGACAUAAACCAACUACAUGCGGAGAUCGGGCAGAUGAUGAAUAAGGUGAACGGUCCGUUGGAAUGGGCAGCCUCUCACAACUGCCAAUUUGGUGUACCGAAGUUC